AGGCUCGACAAAAAUCUCGGGAAGACUCCGGAAGACACAGCCGGAAAUCGUGGUAUCCAUAGAGACGCUGUCGGAAGUUGAAGUUGCUAGGAGGCCUUGGGCGCUUCAACUGACUGCGUAAUGGCUGAAGUCCCAGAAGAUUAUGAUUCUGGCCCAGAGGAAAGUCAGAAGCUACAGCCUAAAAGGAUUAAAUCUCAUGCAGUACAUAAUGCUAAAUCAGACACCGCGGCAGAGGUAAACCCUGAGCUGCUCCCGGAGAUAGACCAAGAGCCAGAGGAAGUAAAAACUAAGGGAGAUGACUUUGAAGAGAGGAAGCCAGGCAGUACAGAAAACGUACUCCUAAAGCCAGACAGGACGCCCGAAGAAGAAAUUCCCAAGGAGACCAACAUGGACCUACCUAGCCAAGCUGAACCAGAGAAAACUCAAGUGUUGAAGUUAGAGACAUCAUGGGGAGCAGGAGAGGAUUUGGAGGUUCCCAUGGGUGAAAAACAUGAGGAGCCAGACCUACAGCCACCAGAGGUUUCGGUAGAUGUACUCACAGAACCGCCUGCAGAAACAGAUACACAGCCACCAGCAGAAACCAAGGUUCCAGAGGCAGCGAGCAGUGAGUUAUCAGGAGUGACUGGGCAGAACGUUCCAGAGCAGUUGCUUAGGGAGGGGGACAAAGAAACAGGUCCCGAGCAGAACACACCAGACUUUCCAAGUGAAAAACCUAGAAAAUCGGUUGAAAAGGAAGACCUGCCUCCACCAAAGACAACCAAGUCAGAGAUUACAGAGCAGAUACAAGAAAAGUCAGAGCCACCUGAGGUGACAAAUCCAGAGCUUCCAGACCAGACACUAAGACAAUCUACCGAGGAAGCAGAUAUUCGGCCUCCGGAAGAGAAUCCAAUAAAGUCCACAGAGCAGAUAGGCACAGAGCAGCCUGAGCAAGUUGAGCCAAAAUCCUCAGACGAGAAACCAAGACAGUCAAUUGAAGAGAAAGUUCCAGAGCCAUCGGAAGAACUCAAAGUGGGGCUUUCUGAAACUCCAGUUGAUGAAACAAGUCUAGAGCUACCAGAAAAGGCAACACCAGAAGUUACAAAGAAAACACAGAUAAUAUCUGCUGAGGAAAAAAUUCCAGAGCUACUGGAAGAAAUCAGACUGAUGAUUUCUGAAACUCUACUUGAAACAACAUCAGAAGAGGCUGCUCUAAGACUACCAAAAGAAAUAAAACCGGAUGUUCAAGGGGAGACCCAAGAAAAGUCAAUUGAGGAGAAAGUUCUAGAGCCAUCAGAGGAGAAGGAACCAACAGGUCAGAAGGAAAAGCCGAGACAAUCAAGUGAGAAGUCUCAAGCAAAGAGAACAUCAGUAGAGUCAACAAAGGAAAAGGGCCCAGUGCUACAAGAACAGACUGAAGCAGAAUUCCCAAAGAAGAAACUAGUAAAAUCAACUGAGGAAACGGGUCAAGUGCCACCACAGACCAAACCAGAAGUUCAAGCGAAGUCACAGCCAGAACCAAGCAAACUUAAGUAUCCUGUAGGCAAGGAUGAGCUAAUAUUCUCUGACUAUCACAAAAAGAUGUCAGAAAAAGAAACUGACAAGGCUAAACAUGAGUCUAUGAUAGGAUCUCCCAGAGAAAGUGUCGAAUCAGCUGGUACAGAAGAAUCUCAUGAACGUCUCAAAGAGCUUCAGGCUGAUACCAGAGAACCAUUCCCAACCAUUCCUGCUUCAGAGUCUCAAUUGGAACUGAGAGAUUCAGCUAUUGAAAAGAAAGUUGUAGUUUUAUCCCAGGGGUCGGAGAAAAUGAGGCUUAAAGAACCCAAGAUCAACAAAAAUAUUAGCCUAAAAUUUGAAUACCUUAAGUGGAGCCCAGAAAGGGUUGCAGAGUGGAUUAGUGAGCUAGGCUUCCCUCAAUACAAGGAGUGUUUUACUGCCAACUUCAUCAAUGGUCAGAAACUCAUCCAUGUCAACUGCUGCAACCUGCCUCAGAUGGGGAUAACUGAUUUUGAAGACAUGAAGACAAUAUCGCGUCAUACUCGAGAGCUUCUGGGAAUCGAAGAGCCACUGUUCAGUCGCAGCAUUAGCCUCCCCUCCAGGGACAAUAUCGGCUUAUUCUUAGAGCAAAAGGGUCACAGUGGAGUGAAGUCUGACUCCCUGACCUUUUCUAAAUUUGUUGAAGCAUCAGGAUUGCAGGAGUACGGUCCGGAGAUAGAAGCAAUGGAGAACCCAGAAGAACAAUGCCCAGAAGAAACUGAGGCAUUACUGCAGGAUGAUGGUGUGGGGGAAGAGUGAGGCCCUGUGGACAAGGAGCAGCAAAGAAAACCACUUCACUUAGCUUGAAAGAUCAAAGGAAACUAGUUGGGGCAGGCAGCGUGGUCUUUUCUGGUUUUCUCCUUUUCAUUGAGGACAGUUAGGAUGGCUGGCUCCAGUCUUAAAUCUUCCUGAGCCACAGCAUCUUCUCUCUGUUAAAGCUAGCAGUAUUUAUCUUCCUACAUAAUUUUCAGAAUUUGUGUUGAAUUCGAAUACACCUAGUACUGAGAUUUAGUAGGGAAAUUAUAAUUGAAAAAAAAAAGGUCUCAUCAAGACGUAGUACGUAGCUCUAAUCCUAGAACGAAGCACAUGAAAGCCAGAAGGAUCAUGAAACUGAGGGCCAGCCUCAUAAAUAAAAUGGUUUUUAAAGAUCUCUUGCAGGGAUUCUCUGAUGCUGCUUCUAAGAUGAGGUAGAGGUUUACAGUGCUGCUGCUGAUUUGGGGUCCCCCAUACUCCUGUAUGUUGAACAGGCUGGGCCCGAUGAUCCCGGGCCUACAUGACAUGAGAACAACUAUAAUUUUGAUGCUAAGAUAGAAACUGUGAUGUGUCUUAGUCUGAUAACAGUGAUUCUGAGAAUAAAAACGGAGAUAGAGGGGCUGGAGAGCCAGCUCAUCAGUUCACAGUGCGGACUAUAACUGUGGAAGGACCUGGUUCAGUUGCCAGCAUCCAGUUUCAGCCACCUGGAACUCCACUGCCAGGGGAUUCAAGGCUCACUCCUGGUGUCCAUGAGCAUCUGACAAAUGUGGUACUCACAAACUCACGCGGGCAAGCAUGCUUACAUAGUAAAUAAGACUUUUUUUUUUUAUUUGGUUUUUCGAG